AUGGCGCAACCGCAUGCGCUGCAGCCGCAGCCGCAGCCGCAGCCGCAGCAGCAGCAGCAGCAGGCGGCGGGGCAUUCGAGGCGCGGGCCUUUGAAGCAGGUGGUGGUGGUGGUGGAGGGCACGGCGAGCCUGGGGCCGUCGUGGGCGCUGCUGCGACGCCUCUACCUGCACCCCAUGCUCAAGGCCUUCUGUGGCGUCGACUCGCUCACACAGAAGGCGGGCACAGCAGCGGUGGAACUGGCUCUCGUCGUCUAUCACUCGCACGGCCCCUUCUCAGCGUCGCUGCUGCAGCAGACGCCCUUCACGGCAUCGCCUGCCGUCUUCCUCUCGUGGCUGGACGCGCUCUCCUUCUCGGGAGGUGGUGCUGCCCAUGCCGCUGUCGCUGAGGCCCUUUCAGAGGCGUUGCUGAUGCUGUGCCCCACGCCGUCCCCCACAGCCACGGCACCAGCGGGCGUGGAGCGCCACAAGCACGUGGUGCUGGUGGCUGCCUCGCCACCCCCGCGCCUCUCCACCCCCGUCGUCAAACCACCCCUGCCUGCCGCCCCCUCCGCUGCUGCUCAUGGCAGUGCGGCUGCAGCAGGGGCUGGUGCAGGUGGGGGCGGCGGGGGCGCAUGGCAGGCAGCACAGUGGUGGCUGGCGUCGGCCCACAUGGUGGCCUCGCUCUUCGCCCAUCCCCAGCUCUACGUCACGCUCUCACUCAUCGCUCCUCGCAACGUUCCUCAACUGAGGCAGCUGUAUGUCGCGGCCAAAAGGAGCCCCAGGGCAGCAGAACCAGUGGCGGAUGCGGCACGGCAGCAUCCUCACCACGUGGCGCUCAUUGCUGAGAGCUUCCUGGAGGCACGCAGCGUUCUGCACCGCACACCACCUCCAGCCAAUGAGGCUGCUCCACGUGGCGCCCAGGCAGUGGGCCCUCCCCCUCCUGGUGGUGCUGGCGGAGGUGGAGGAGGAGGCCCCGGGGCAGGGGCAGGUGGAGGGCCAGCGGUUGCCAUGGCUGGUUCAGUAGGGCGACUGCGACAACAAGCGGGGGCGGGCAUGGGUGAGCAGGCAAAGCAG